AUGCCCACGACCCCGGGCGGCCAGCUGGUGGCCAAGCUCCUCCUUAUUGGCAACUCAAGGUCCAAAAACUGUGCGUGUGCCACUGCGCAUGUGCGGCACAACGACCCAGACACGAAGAAGAACGCCCUGCUGAGGCGCUUCACCGACUCUGAGUGGGCCGCCUCAACGCGCACCACCGGCAUCGAUUACCAGCUUCGCACGAUCGAGAUCGACGACAGGACUGUCAGAGUGCAAAUGUGGGACACGGCCGGGCAGGAGCGAUUUCGGAGCAUCACCACGGCCUACUACCGCGGCGCUCACGGCCUCAUGUUUGUCUUCUCCGUCUCCGACCGGCGGUCGUUCGACGACCUGUCCAACUGGAUCAACUCUGCGACGCAGCACGGCAAGGCCCACACACCCCGACUGCUCGUCGGCGACGUGUCCUCCUCAGACGCGGGCGACCACCUGCCUCGGGUGGUGAGCCGCGAGGAGGCACUGGCCUUCGCCACCUCCGGCAUGAAGUACAUCGAAGUCGACGUGGGCAAGGGCGAGGGGGUGGAGGAGGCCUUCUUCACGCUGACGCGCGAUGCCGUGCGGCGAUACGUGGAGGGCCUGGCCCCGACGCGGCACCUCUAUGGCGGCGGCCCGGGCAUGCUGCCGAUGAGCCCCGCCAGCCUGGUCCACCUGUGCGUGGCCCACCUCGUCACGGCCCACCACGCCGACCCUCGAGCCCUCGAGGCCCACACCCGCCACCUGCCCGCCGAGCUCCGGGAGCGCAUAUCAUGCGCUGUGGCUGAUCCCUUGCUUUCGAUCGAAAAAUAA